AUGAGAGAUCUCACUCCUGACUUCAUCUGUCCCAUCACAAAAGAGCUUCCAUGGGUGGCUGUGAUUGCUCAAGAUGGUCGAACCUAUGAAAAAGAGGCCAUUGAACAAUACUUCAAGACACAACAGGAAGAGGGACUUCCCAUCAAGUCAUAUAUCACCAAUGAGCCCAUGGGCACAGAACUUGUGGAUGUCCCACGUAACAAGAGCUUGAUUGAGUCCUUGAUUGAUAGAAAAGUCAUUCAAGGUCCUGAACUCGUAGCUUGGAACAAGAAAGUCGAGCAGGUGAAGGAAAAGGACAAGUUGCUACAGAGAGCCAAUGGUGGUGAUGGACAGGCCAUGUACUCAGCUGGAAUUAAUGGGUUUGAAAAAAACCUACAAUUGGCCUAUGCGUGGUAUAAAAAGUCACAUGAAGCUGGCAAUGUAAAAGGAACAGCUUGCCUUGGGCAAUGUCUUGUGCGAGGUCUGGGUGUUACAAACAAAGUUGCUCCUGGCAUGCAUUGCCUCACUCAUGCUGCAAAUAAUGGGUCUGAUUAUGCUGCAUAUACGCUGGGAAAAGCCUUUGCAAAAGGAUACUUUGGUCUGCCUGUGAACAAGAAAGAAGCCAUGUUUUGGCUUGCCAAGAGCGUGGGAGUUUGUACUCACUCACACAUGUCUGGUAGUUUCAAGGUGGUAGCUCAAAAGGAGUUGGAUGAACUUGUGAACAGUCAGGAGGACUCGGAUGCUUCUAGCACGGACUUCCGGGAAGCACAAGAUGCUCCUAGCACGGAUGGAAGGGAACGCCAAGUUUAA